CGCGGGCAUCGAGGCGCGCUCUCGGGUCGUGUCAGCUCGCCGGUGACGCACGCGUUGGUCGCUCUCGUGCGCGCGCUCCGUCGUCAUACAAUUAUAAUCGCCUAUUAAACGCUGUGUGUGGUGUUGGCAGCCGUGUCCCGUCUUUCCCUCGUCUCCAGUCCUGUCAUGGCGAGCGGCCUGUAGCGCCAUAUACCCGCUACACCCCCCGCUCCUAUCGGCCGCGGGGCAUUGUGGGGAACCAACAUGGCGGCCGGCAGCAGCAGCAAGGCCUCUGUCGGGGCCCUGGAGGCCGCUCUGGACCGCAAGCUGCAGGGAGUCUCCAAUACUAUGGAGUCCAUUCAGAACCUCUCCACCUGGUGCAUCGAGAACAAGAAGCAGCACUCCAUCAUCGUCCACUACUGGCUGAAAUGGUUCCGGAGAUCUGGGUUUCCACAUCGACUGAAUCUGUUCUACUUGGCCAAUGACAUUAUCCAAAACUGCAAAAGAAGGAAUGCAAUUGUCUAUCGUCAAUCUUUUGCUGAAGUGCUGCCAGAAGCGGUUUCUCUAGUAAGGGACCCAUCAGUGGUUAAAUCUGUAGAGAGAGUCAUUAAGAUUUGGGAAGAGAGAAGUGUGUAUCCUGCGGACACUAUUGGAUCAUUUAAAUCCUCUAUAAGUGGAGGCUGGAGUAAACGAGAGAGGGAGAGAAGCAAGAGUUCACGCCCAAGACCCGAGAAACCUCCUCCUGAACCCCCGGUUGUGGUUAAUAAAGCUGAACUGAAGUCUAAGAUUGUAGCUGAAUUUAGGCCCCAAGGUCUAAUUGAUGAUGUGCUGGCUUACAAGCGUGGAGUGGAUCAUAUUGAUUUUAAGGAAAAGCAACUUUCGAGCAUGAGGGUUGAUGUGUGCAGCACAGAGACCUUAAAACGCCUAAAAGAUAAAGCUGGAGGAAAAAAAUUCUCAAAAGACUUUGAAGAGGCAAGUUCAAAACUUGAAGAAUUUGUAAAUCUCCUUGACAAGCAGGUGAAAAAUGGUCCAUCCAUAACCGAAGCUCUGGAAAAUGCAGGAAUAUUCUAUGAAGCUCAGUACCGGGAAGUCAAAGUUGUGGUGAAUGCCUAUAAAACGUUUGCUAAUAGAGUAAAUAAUCUGAAAAAGAAACUUGAUCAGCUUAAAGCCACUCUUCCUGAUCCUGAGGAAUCUCCAGUACCAUCUCCUGUCCUUGAUGCACCUUCUCCAACUGGCUCAGAGUCCCCCUUCCAGGGCAUGGAGGGGGAGGCAAGCCCUUUGUCCCCAGAGGUUGAGCCUAUCCCAUCUGAAUCUCCUGAGCCCCCCAAGGACAAUCGCAUUGUGGAAGAUAUGGAGCUUUCUGAUGAGGAUGCAGAUGACGAUAUAGCUGCGAUUAUCCUUGAGGAAAGGAGCGAACAAGUGGAACCUCCUACUUCAUCUCUCAAAGACACGACAAUAGGCUCUGAUUCUCCAGAAGCCCCUGAGAACACAACGCCGCCUCCUGUUCCAGCACCCGUCUCGCUCCUGCUCCCACCACAGUCAGCGCUCCGAGACCUGCUACCCCCCUCUGCAAUUAGUUCAACUACUACUUCACCAGUAACCUCCACUCCCUCUAAAUCAGUAACCACUCCCACAAUACCUCCAUCAGUUCCCCUUGCAUUGCCAAACUUGGCUAAUGUAGACCUGGGGAAGAUCAGUUCCAUCCUAAGUAGCUUAACGUCUGCGAUGAAAUCUGGAGUCAGUCCUGCAGGAAAGCCUUCUCCUGGUACCCCGACAACUCCUAAUACAAAUUUGGCUGGAGGAUUAAAGACUUCAGUUCAGACCACACCAAACUCCUUGGCCAACAUCCUCUCCAAAGUCGAGUUUACUCCUGAAAGCAUUCUUUCGGUUUUGUCUAAAACGCAGGUUCCUGCUGCAUCAAAUCUGCAAGGUUUAUCAUCUUUGAUUCAAAGUGUUGCUGCAAGCACCGCUCUCUCAAGUGGAUCCGCAACACUCAGUACAUCCACUGCACCAAUGAACACUACUUUACAAUCUGUAAAGGACAGAGUUACUCCCUCUGUAACACCUCCCUUUGUGUCUAAAAACUUUGGUUACUCCCCAACAGACCCAAAUCCAGAUACUUCCCUCACACCUGCCAGCAAACCACCUGCCCCUCCCAGUUCUAGUGUAACACAAGCAGUUAGUACCGUUGGAUUUUCAUCUCAAACACCUGUAUCUGCAGAGAAGACAAAUAGCCAGCCGCCUGAGAUACCUAAACAAGCUGAGGAGACCGAACCAUCGAGUCUAGAAAUGAAGAUUCAUAACUUCUUAAAAGGAAAUCCAGGAUUUAGUGGUUUAGAUCUGAACAUUCCCAUUCUAAGUGGCUUGGGUUCCAGUGCUGUGCCUGAGACAUCAUCUGAGUUUCAGAGUGGACCCACCAGCACUUCUCUAGAUAAUAUAGAUGGAACUCCGGUACGUGAUGAAAGAAGUGGUACGCCCACACAGGAUGAGAUUAUGGACAAACCACCUUCAAGUAAUGUUGAUAGCGUUUCCCUGUUAUCAAAAAUAAUUAGUUCUGGCUCCUCUACACCCAGUAAUACAAUGUCCCCACUUUUAAACAAAGACAGUGACUAUCAAAAGCUACCACCUAUGCCAGCGUACAGACCCUUCGGUAUUGGUGGAAGUUCUCCAAAUGCAUACCGGCAGUCCUCUGAUAUAAUGGAAAAACCUUCAAUAGUAGAUUCUACUCUGGAUACAUUUUAUCCAGAUACAUCAUUUAAUGAAGAUGAAGACUACCGUGCGUUUGAUUUUACUGGUCCUUCACCAUCAACCAUUGGUAAUCUUGAGUCAAAAUCUAUUUUACAAUCAAACAUGCAUUUAAACUCAAUGGAAUAUCCACCUGUUACACAGAGUUACAGUCAAGUCCCAGACUAUAGUAUGCAGCCUUUUCCCCCAUCUGUGCAGCCUCCUUUUAUUUCAGGUGAGAACAGUGGUAAGUUAUCACCACCUCCUGAUAGGUAUGGUGGCUAUAAUAUAAGAGGAAAUCUAGAAUCUACUAGUUCACCUUCCCCUCUCAAAGAUGACUCAUUGUACCCAUCUGACACUAACCAUAAUAUCCCUUUGUUACAUCCCAGUAUGCCUCAAAAUAGACAUUCAGACUUCCUUCCAAAGAAUAAUCUUCCUUCUGUAAGACCACCAAUUGCAUCUACUGAACAAUCGGGCCCAAGUGUUGCAGUUUCUACUACAAUAGAGUUUAAAAAUAUGCUGAAGAAUGCAUCUCGCAGACCUUGUGAGGAGGGUCCCUUUGGACAGUCAAGCCUAGAUGAAGAUAUUCGCAUCUCUGGACUUGGUCAUGUGGGAAGAUCUUCCGACGUCCAGUCUGAAGAACAAUAUCGCAUUGAAACUAGAGUUUCAUCCUCUUCUCUAGACUUGUCCGAUAGUACAGAGGAAAAGGGAGCUCCUAUUGAAACAUUAGGAUAUCACAACAUGGGCAAUAGAAGAAUGUCAGGAGAGCCUAUUAAAACAGUAGAGUCUAUGAGGGUUGGAAUGAAGGGUGGUAGGGGGCAUGGCAUGGAAGGAGGUAGAGGUGAUUGGUUUGACAUGGGUAACAAUGAGGGUACUUUUGAUGGCACACAAAAUGCUGAUGCACAGCCUUCUGUCAGUGGCAAUGUUGGCUUUAAACCUCAAUAUGAUGAGCACUUAACUCGUUUUCCAGACUCUGUCAGCGAUUUCAGAGCAAACAAUAUUCAACCUUUUGAACAUCGGCUACCACCUCCACCCAUGGCUCUUCCAUUGGAUCGAGGUGGGCCAUUUCAGAUGGAUCAGACUGGACCACCUCCUGGGCCUCCACCUGUUUUGCCUCCUGACCCAGGAAGUCUUUUUGGUAGAGACAUGCCUGUUGCACCCCAAAUGCCCCCUAUGGAGCCACCUCAAACAUUGCCUCAUGUUGCUCAUCCUCCUUCAGAUCAUGCAAACAAUCCUUUCCCUCUUCAUCACACAGCAGAGCAUGGUGGCAUGCAGUUUUCUCCACCUCCCCGUUUAGAUAUGCGCAAUCCAUUCUCACAGGACCAUGGUGCUGUUCACCAGGGAAUGAUGCAAGAACCCUACUCAAUGCAUUCAAGCUCGGGAAGGGAUCAAGGACCUAUGUCGCAUGACUACAGUGGCCAACACAGCCAGCCCCAUGGUAGGGUAAAUGAACCUAUGGGCCAUCAUCCUAGAGACCAUCAUGGAAAUUUUCCUGGUUCUCAACAGCCUCACUUCAGCUCACAUCAUAGAGACUUCAUGAACACCGGUGGUCCAAGGCCACAGCGACCUCACUUCAGGCCUAGGGAACCUUUUCACAACUUAAAACGACCACGGCCACCUUUUGGAAGGGGCCAGCAAUUUUUUUCCCCAAAACGUCCCUACUACCCACCAAGAUACUAAAGGCUGUUAAGACACUUUUGAAGAUGUGGCAGUGAUUUUCAUAAAUGUCCCCCAAUGAAGCCUGGCUUUGGCAUGGAUGUAAUGAGGUUGUAAGUAACCUAUGUUUUAAUCAUAGUCCAUGGUUCACCAAUAUGCCAGGUCAAUUGGUUGUAGAAAAACUUAGGUGACAAUUCUUUUGCUUAACUUUUCACGAUGCCCACGUUCCUACAAGCCUAGAUGGAACAUCGGUGAUGAAGCAGUUUCCUCGAAAGAAUCUUCAGAUCCUUGUAAACCUUACCUUAACCAAAGGAGCCAACAAAAAAAAAACUGUCCUGCUUUUUGCUCUCCAAUGAAGCCCAUCUAGAUCAUCCUAUUGCUCUCUAAAUACCAGAUAGGUGAGUCACAAGGGGAAGUUUAAUAAAAAGAAACCAAAAAAACACAUCUGUGUUUUUUGAAUCAAAAUAGUGGAAUCUUUGUCUUCUUAACAUGUUAACAUUUCUUCCUCUGCCUACUCCCUCCUUAUUAUCUUCACACCCACAGUCGAGAGAAAUGCAGCUACAGGCGCAGUUCAGCUACAUUCCAGCGUGACGCGUUUCAGGACGUGAUCCAGCUCUGGGAAAUUGCAGCUGAAGUCCUUGGAGUAUGAGAAGCAGUGUAUGAACACUUGGUGGCUUUACCAAUACUCCAAGUUGUACAUGGUUUUGUUAAUUUUUUUUUUUUUUUUUAAACAAGGGUAGUCAAAAGAGUACUACGUAGUGUGUUAGUUUCUACUAACUGCUUAUUUUAUGCCCAUUGUUUGUGCUUAAUACGUAUACAAUGUUUUUCACCUGUUCAUGGAGAACAGAUCUCAUGAUCCUUUCCUACAAAAUUUUGUGUGUAAUGUUAAGUCCACAGAUCCGGAGGUGCAUAAAAUAGCAAUAUUUAACACCGCUAUGGUAGUUUCACAUCUUGCUCUUUUUAGCCUUGUAGUUUAACUUUUCACAGUGUGAAACUGAUAUACCAAGUGUUCUGAAGGUUUUCGAAUAUUUCAAGUGUAUCAAUAAACAUUCAGUUUCUGCA